UGGUGGCCCUAAACAACACCUCUGGUGGCCCUGAGCAACACCUCUGGUGGCCCUGAACAACCCCAAUCACAACCAGGAUGCAGUUAACCAGAUUGUAUAAUAUGUUAAAAUAGCAAGACAUGGUAGGAGGUAGCGGGAUGGAGAGAGAUGAUAGUGUUGGAGGAAGACUCCAUCGUGACUACCGAGGUGGAGGAGGAGGAGGAGGAGGGAGAGGAAGUGGGCGAUACCGUCGAGGACUGACCCAUCAUCGCCAUGUUAUCCCAGGUGAACGCCGUGGUGUUCCUGAACAAGGACAUCCUGGGGAGGAUGAAGCCAAAGCUGACCUGGAGAAGAUGGAUAUUGUAAAACACCGACCACAUAAAGAUUUAAGUCGAGGAUUUAGUGAAGAUUCCAGAAUAUCUAAACAGCUGAGGCGGUUGUCCCGAGAAGAUGAUUCUGAACGUUACCUAGCACAAGUUCAACAGCUCCAGGAAUCAAUUAUGCUUAAUGAAAAUGUGAAAUAUGUUCGCCGUAAUGCUGAUCACAUAUUAGACUCCCUGUUUGAGAGUCUUCAUGCUGCUCCAUCACCUCCAUGUCGCUGGGAAAUCACUCGAUGUAUUGGUCGGGUUGGUCAUGUUAUGGAAGGAGACAUAAAGAGAUAUGUGGAUGUAACUUUAGAUCGAUUAGAAACAUGGAGAGCCGCAGAGAUGAAGGUGUUGGUCUUGAGAUGCAUCUUAGAGAUGUUGCGGUUGGAUUCUUCUGGGUCACAGUUAGAUCAGGUUGGAGAAAAGAUUGUGGAAGGUUUACAAGGAGUACUAGAAGGUACCGAGACUCCUGAAGUGAUGGUGGCAACGGUUGAUGUUUUAAGGGAACUUAAUAUAAAUCAUAGUCAUAUUCUUAAUAAUUAUUUCCAAGAUAUUGUGGAUAUAUUGGUUGGGUGGCACAUCGAUCACCAUCAGUCAUCAGAAGUAAUGAAGUAUGUGUCUAUGGCACUGAAAAGCUUUUCACAGCUCUGGCAGAUCAAUGUCCCUAUUGCCACUACACUUCUCUCACAGUUUGUUGAAGAUAUGGAAGAUUACUGUGAAGAUUUAGAUAGAGGUGUGUCUGGCCGGUCUUCCCCUGAGGAGGAGGCCACAACAGACCCUGUGGUGUGUGCUAAAAAAGUAGCUGCUUUCAUUAGUGUGUUCACGACUGUCCUGCGCUGCCUAGAGCCACAGGUUGACCCUGCCAUCAACCCCAUUCUUUCUCCAGACUUUUUAGUGGAUGCUCUUGGAAAAAUGAAAUCUGGGGCAGCAAAGAUAUUGCGACAUCACUGGGAGGAAGCUUUACUGGACGCUCUUAACCAAGUAUGCUUGGUACUAAUUCCAUACAGUCAAAACAUAUCGGAACUUCAAGUCCAUUUUUGUGGUGUUAUUGACCUGCAGGAGAAUCUCAUAGAGCAUUAUGGCUUUGUCACCACAUUGUCUUACCUCGCACUUCUCACUCAGAUGUUGAAGCAGAUUGGCGGCAGCCUGUCAGUCGAGUUUAUACAAAAAAUACUUGGCAAAUCCUCUCCUUUACGAAGUCUUCGGUUAUCUCCCCACCGCUCCAUCUGGCAAGCGACUCUUGGAGUGUAUCAUGCAGUUCUUAGCCUCAAGAAUGUUCCUUUACUACAAGAAGCUUACAACUACAUUCUGGCUGAUCUGCAGCAUGCUCAUCGUGUACUGAUACCAGAGGGUUUUGUGUUUACCGUGUCUGAUGUAUUGGAAGGUGUCAAGUAUAAUGAAACUGAAGCAACCAUAUUGAUGAUGUAUUAUAUGACAGUCCUGGCUGAAGUAGCUAACACAAGAAACUCCAUAAUCACGAUGUGGGCUCUUACUCCUUCAUUAGUUGACCUGCUGGCAUAUCACCUUACACCGGCCAGCUCACAAUUAGCAUUACAUUAUCCAGAGGUUCAGUAUGCAAUAUUGUUUCUCCUGUAUUCACAUUGUGCCAAGCAUUCCCACUACAUCAGCUCCAGCACCCUCAUAGUUGGGGCUUCAUCUCCAUUUAUACCGUCCUCUGUGUCGGUAAAGUUCUCUGGAGGAUCCCCGGGAGGCUUCUCUGGUUCCUCGACCAGUGAGAAUUUUACUACGAUCCUCACAGUCCUCUCUUCAGUCUUUCACCAGAGGCAUGUCACUGGGGCUAACAUCCUGCAGCUGUGCCUAGAGUGGGCUGCAGAUGUAAUGCGAAGCUGUGAAACCUCUGUAUCUCAGCUUCUGAAAAUUAAGAUCUUCACACAGUUGAUUGAUACAAUAGUGCAAACAGGCUACCACCAUCUGAAUUCUGUCACUUCUGCUGUUGCUGCUUGCUUGUCUACAAUUUUCUCAAUUUUGCCCCUUUCUCAGAACUUGGAAGAAGUAAUAAAAUUGUGUGUUCACCACGUGAGCCACAAAGACCCAAAAAUCCGAAGCAUGUAUCUUGAUCUGUUGGCAAGGUUACCUCUCAGUGCUGUUUCUCACUCACUCUGUACUGGCAAUGGUACCCAGGAAAAUGAGUACACAGCAAAUAAGGGAGACUCAUCAUCAAGUGUGGAAUUUGGAAGUCUGGACUCAACCUCAGUUAAGAGUCUUGAGCGGCACUUUGUCCUCAGGUCAACUUCUGGACAGCUGCCAUCUAAUGCAUUUCACACACUUAUGGCAUUUAUUCUUCAUGUCUCUCAGCCAAAAGGGGAGUUUUGGCAAGAUGAUCUGUUUGCCAUGUGCCAGAGAGUUGAGAGAAUGACUAAGGCUGAGGACUGGAGCCUCCCUAUUUUGGCGUCACACCUGCGUACACUGCUCUGGAAGUGGUUGGCAUGGGAACCAGCACAGCACUGCAUUGCUAAUAAAUUGAAAACAACUCUCGGCAAACCUCUAGACACAUUCACUAGUAUUGAAGGGGUCAUUAAAAGUCUAGCAAAAGAGGUUAAAGAAUGGUCAAGAUUUAGUAAAAGGCAGUUGUCUGUGAAGAACGAGGACGAUAAAUCUGCCACCAAAACAAAUGGAAUGGAAAAGGCUGAUGGAGAGAGUAAUAAUGUGAUUCAAUCUCUUGCUGUAAUGUUACUAGUCGAAUUUGUAGAGAGUCUUGAAAAGGCCAUGUUAAGCAAUGAUUGAUGUGCUGUGGCAGUUCCUCCCCCCAAACAAAGAGUGAUAGAACUUUUCUAUUCGUACAAAUCGUCAAACAUGUCUGAAUGGUUAAGUCGCAUACGAGCAGCAGUUAUAAAUUGUUUUCACUCAAUCUGUGGACGACCCUGAGGUAGCAAUCCGACACUCAUACAACUUCUUCAGGAACUGAAAGAUAACAACAAUACCCAGGGUAAUGACUUUGAACGUGCAGUCUGCUACUGUGCUCGAGCACUUGUGGCAGAAGGCUGUGAUGAAGGAGUGUCUGGUCUCUACCAUUGGUGCCGAGAUCACAUUGGUCGACGAUUUGCCUGGCUUAAACCUGCAGUAUACAGUGCUGGCAAUAAAUUUGAGAAGUCACUCAGGGGAUACUUGCAGUUUUUAGAAGGUAUAGAGGACAGCGAAGAAGCAGACAAGGAUAAGACAAUGGAGAGUGACUCCGGGUCAUCACAUGGCACUCCUGGCAGUCAUGUGGAUGUCAAGCAGUUAGAUCCUCUAAUCCAAGAGUUUAUAUACUCUCAGAUUGCAGAAUGUUACAGUAAACUAAGCCAGUGGGGAGAACUACAGAAAUGGAUGAUGCAGGUUCGAAGUAAUCAAAAGGACUCUGAAAGUGCUGCAUUUCAUUCUGGUCUUCUUAACAUGUACAGAAACCUAUCUCAUGUUCAAGCUUUGGCACACUUCGACUCUGCAGACCCAGUAGGGGUAACAGCAAGCUUGACCAACUCAGUCAGCUUAGUAGAUUGGUCCCGAGGACAGAACUGGAUCAUGUGGAAGAGGUUUCAAGACAUCAACACUGUCCUCCUUCAUUCUUUUACCUCAACAGUUUAUCCCCAGCCAUCUACUUCAAGGGAUUCAAUCAGAAAAAUAGUGUCAGAGUGUCAGGAACAAGUUGAGUGGCUCUUACAGUUGUUCACUCUUUCUUCAUGCUCAACAAUGCACCUACAUUUGCUCCUCUUCCACCAGGUCCUUCAUGAGUUGACAAGUAUUUUGGAUGAUUCUCUUGGAGUGGGUCGCCUGCAUGAGGGAUGGGAAAAUACCAACCUAAUGAGUCUGCCUGCUGACCUCAUUCCACAUGUCUCUCGUUGGGCCAAGCUUAUUGCUCGACUCAACCGAACUGUUACUCCUACCUCAAUUACAAAGUUGGACCUCUUGUCUGCCAAGCAGGCUCGCAAGCAAGAAAAUAUGGAGUUUGCAGAAAGCACCCUAAUAGGACUGCUGGGUAGUGUUAGCUCAAGUUUGUUGGAUGCUGUACUUGAAGCUGUACCCAGUGCUGAAUAUAACCCAUUACAGGCAAAGCUACACAGGGAAGCAGCUAAGAUGCUAGCAUGCAAAGGCCAUGUUGCUCAAGGAUGUGCAGUACUUGCAGGAGCUGUGGUUGGUCUUAACCCUAGUUUGGCAACCUUGGCAGCAACUGAUACCAUUCUCCUUACACUACCCCCUAAUGAAGCUGGUCAUUUAUGUGCUCGCUCCAUCAUCACCCUCAAUAAAUGGUGGUCGCAGGAUGAAAGACGACUACUGAUGUGUGGAGACACUGCAACCAGUGUCCCAUCCUGGAUGGAUAAACUUCAUACAGUUUAUCAGGAGAUGAAGGAGUUUGUACCAGAAGAAUUGCAACCCUUAGCUGAUGUUAGCCACUCUACCUUACCACUGUUGGAGAGUAAAAUGGGUCACAUCCUCACAUUAGCAGCCACACAGUGCCCUACUUUACCUAAAGUUUGGUUCCAUAUUGCCUCAUGGUGUUUCAGAUGGGGGAGAAAAAUCCUAGAGCAUAGCAGCACCAAUGACAGCCAACUCUCGGAGGUUGAUCGUAAACGUAUAGAAGAAAUUCUUGCCCCAGUAAUCGGCUUAGAAUCUGGCGAUUGUCAGGAGAAAGUGGAGGAGAUGUGCUUAUUGUUGGCAAAUAUGAGACCAGGACAAGACACACAAGAGGAAGAGGAAGAAGACCUACGACUUGAGGAAGUACAGGGAUUCCACCAGGUGACUGCUCAGAUCACAACAACACUGCAGUGUUGGGGUUUGUCAAGCAGUUUGAUUGCAGACCUCAGUUCCCGUUUAGUUGAAGUUUACAGAGCAGUUCAGGAGAGGCACUACACUGUUCUCAUUGCAGCUGCUAAAGCUUACUUCCGAUUUCUGAAGACUAGUCAUGGAUUUUCAGUAAGUCACGCAGAUCAGUGUACAGUAUCAACCUUGCGUCUUCUGCGGCUCAUGGUUAAGCAUGCUUCUGAGCUCAGAGAAGUGUUGGAGAAGGGUUUGGCUGAAACACCUACACGACCAUGGAAGCCUAUCAUUCCACAGUUAUUUGCACGCUUGAAUCAUCCUGAGCCAUAUGUACGAGGGAGCAUCUCAGAACUUCUUUGCCGGUUGGCGGAGGAUUUUCCACAUCUUAUUGUGUUCCCUGCAGUAGUAGGAUCAGCUGGUGGGAAUGUUGCUGCAAAUCAAGCUUCUUUAACUGAUAUGUUAGCAAAAUAUUUGCACAAAGGGCAACUUAGAAGAAAAAUGAAACAUGCCUUAGGAGAUGAGGAGGAAGAUGAAGAGGAAGAGGAGGAAGAAGAAUAUGACCAGGUAGAGGAAGAGGAAGAGGAGGAGGAAGAGGAGGAGGAGGAGCUUAUUUCAGAGUCAACUGAGGAGCAAGAAAGAAGAACGCUGAUGCGAAAUUGUUUCUCUGCUUUGGUAGACACACUGACAAAGCAGAUUGGAUCUAGCAUCAGCGAGGUGCAAAUGCUCGUUCAUGAGCUGCGUCGUAUUACUGUGCUGUGGGAUGAACUGUGGCUUGGGACAUUGGCACAGCAUCACAGUGACAUGUCUAGGAAAUGUCAUCAGCUAACAGCAGAGAUAGCUCGACUGAAUAACAACCUGUCACUCUCACAGACAGAGAAGCAACAGCUUGUCAAAAAGAAAUAUGAUAUCAUAUUUAAACCACUAUUGUUUGUGCUGGAUCAACUGGCGGACAUUACCUCCACUCCCCCUGAGACUCCACACGAGCACCACUUCCAUGAUACUUAUGGCUCACAAAUCUCAACUGCCUUAUCAAAUCUAAGGGAACCAGAAAGCUACUUCGAUCCUCAGGCCGCUCUCUCUGGGUUACGACAGUUACACCAAAUGCUUCAACAAAGAGCUCAUCGAAGAGCUUCAUCUAAUCUGAAGAUGCUUGAUGUGUCACCCAAAUUAGCCAACCUUCACAACACCAAGAUUGCCAUGCCUGGUGUGGUGUCUGCCAGUCAACAAGUUGUUACUGUGGCAGCUGUUGAUGGAAAUAUCUCUAUCCUUCCCACAAAGACAAAGCCCAAGAAGCUUAGCUUCCAGGGUUCUGAUGGCAAGAAAUACACUUACUUGUUUAAGGGGUUGGAGGAUCUUCAUCUGGAUGAGAGGAUCAUGCAGUUUCUUGAAAUUGUUAAUACCAUGUUGGCCAAAAAUCAGAGAGGUAAAGAUUGUGUUUACCGUGCUCGCUAUUAUUCAGUGGUGCCUCUUGGGCCAAGAUCAGGACUUAUCCAGUGGGUAGGCAGUGCUACACCAUUGUUUGGCUUAUACAAGCGGUGGCAACAGCGGGAAGCUCAUGCAGUGCUCCUCAAAAUACAUUCGUCUGCUGUUUCAAUCCAUCCUCAAGCUCCACCACAGGUUCCUCGGCCAUCAGAGUUGUACUAUAGUAAGCUCACUCCUCGUCUGCGAGAGGCUGGAAUUAGUUUAGACAAUAGAAAAGAGUGGCCCUUGGCUAUAAUGCGAGAUGUUCUCAAAGACCUUAUCAAAGAAACUCCCUCAAAUUUGCUGUCUAGAGAACUAUGGAUGUGCAGCGUAAGUGCGGGAGAUUGGUGGCACCUGACACAGACCUAUUCCAUCUCAACAGCUGUUAUGUCCAUCAUUGGUUACAUCAUUGGCUUGGGAGAUAGACAUUUAGAUAAUGUACUAGUAAAUCUUACUUCAGGAGAGGUGGUCCACAUUGACUAUAAUGUAUGCUUUGAAAAAGGAAAAAAUCUCCGUGUCCCAGAGAAAGUUCCCUUCCGGAUGACUCAUAACAUAGAAGCAGCACUAGGAGUAACUGGAACUGAGGGUGUCUUCAGAAAUGCAUGUGAGCAAGUGCUGCGUACUAUGCGCCGUGGAAGAGAAACUCUUCUCACCCUUUUGGAAGCAUUCAUUUAUGACCCUCUAGUUGACUGGACACCAGACAGUGAAUCAGGAUAUGCUGGUGCUGUGUAUGGUGGUGACCAGGCAUUGGUAUCGGGAGCAAGGCAGAGCCGACAGCAACUGGAACGUGGCCUCACCCUCAGUAUGUUUGCUGUUAGAAUGGCAGAGAUGAAGGCUGACUGGAUUGCUAACAAAUUGGAGGUGUUACAUGCCAUCCCAGAGGUGGAAGUCAGUCUUGGUGAAUGGCUCACAUCUCAUGAACUACUUGCCAAAGCAGAAGCCAACUUACAGGACGGUCACCACCUUAUGGCUGUGCUCAAGGAAGCUGAAGCCAACCCACAGCAUACUUUAUAUAGUCUGCGUCCACGCUAUGAAGAAUACUCAGUGGUGAAGAAGUCAAUUGAUCGUGCCAAAGAUCUUGUCAAUGCUCGCAUCUUGGAAGUGAAACAGUGGCACACACUGUAUUGUGCAUUUAUAAGAUUUCAGACAGCUGCACGAGUUUUUGAAAGUGGACAAGCGGGGGAAUGGCGUGCUAAGGUUAGCAGUAUGGGUAACCUUCAGGCCAGUAUGGCUCCGGUGAAUGAGUUUCUGACCAAGGCUGGUCAGGGCCAGUUGGCUACACAGUGUGAACAUACAGAAGUUGAGUUAGGUAAAGUUGUAAACCAGGUGCAAGGUGUCCUUGGUAGCAGUCUUGACCUCUUGAUUAAAUAUGGUGGUGUAUGGGUCAAUUACCCUGCGGACCACUUAACACGCCACCGCCUCUCACAACAACUGGUGUGGCUUGCAUCUCUUCUCCAAGAUUUCUCUCUAAAUAAUGCUCAGAUGAUAAUUAGCAAGAGCCACACAGAUGCCUCAGAAAGCAGCACUGUCAGCCUGGUGUGCAGUAUUGACAUGGAGCUUCACAACAAAGCCCUGCAAAUUACCUCCCAAAUACAAAAGGUUUAUGAAAGAAUGCGAGCUGAGGGCCUGAACGACAGAGUGAUGGUUGUUAAUACGGUACAAGAGACAUCACGAUCUAUUUCUGCACUAGUAAAUGAUCAUGGGAUAUCAGGAGUGGCAGCUGUAACAUGUGCUCUCCUCAAUUCCCUUACACAACUUACCAGUGCCAGGUUACGUGCAGACAAGACUGCUGCUGGCACUGGGGAGGGCCUUGUGGACCUCACAAUUGGAGGACUCUGGUGGUUACGUGAGAGCAUGGUAACCCUGGGUGGGAUGGUGGAACUGGUGACUCUCCUCACCACACAUUCCCCUCCAACCUAUCCCCAAGAGACACCUGUUAUACAAGCUGUGUCUGCUCUCCAUGAUGUGUUUGCCAGUCUCCAUGAACUGGUUCUAAACACCAGUGGAAUCAUCAUCGUAGAAGGUGUUCGGUUGUUUUGGAGAGGAGAGCCAUCUGUAGUUAAUUUGGCCACAGAGCUCCAGUCUGUUGUCUCGAGUGCCCCCACAUCACCCUCUGCACUCUGCCAGCAGCUCACUACACAGCUCCGACUAAUGAUUCUCAUGAUGCCUCCUCGCCAUGAGGAUGCUCUGCAGGAGGCCAAAGCACUUCAUCAGAAACUGAUAGAAGUUAUUGAGAGAAUCACAUCAGGAGGAUCCACUGGAAAGUCUAGUGCUGACAUGAGCCAAGGUCAGAUGCUGCUCAUGGGCUUCCAUUUAUUGUUUGAGGCUGUAGAGACACAACUGGACCAGCUGAUGGAUGCUGUUAGUCAUGCUCCACUUCCUCAGCCCUGGCCUCGAGUUGAUACAGCAAGAGAAGCUGCUGAAAUAAUGGCUCCACUACAAGACCCAGCUCUUCGUCAGAUAUUAAGAUGUUUGCUUCGCGUCAAGAAGGUACAGACUAUCGUUGAAUUUUUCACCACAGCUUAUCAGUCAUCACCGUCUUUCAAGAGAGAUGAGCUAGUUGGUAACAGGAGCAGAAAUAAUUUGUGUGAUGAAGAUCGAUUACAGAGAAUAGUUCGACGAUAUGCCAGUGACUGUGUUUCCCUCCUCCUGCUUGGCUUGCCCUCUCACUUAGCAACUCACUUACUCUUGCUACAUAGUCAGAAGCUGGGAAUAAAUGUGACAGGGUACAUUGAGGCACGGGAUGUUGGUACAGAAGGUCGAGUCAGUCUGGAGGGAAUAGUUCAGGAAGCACUGGAGUGUUGUAUCACUCGUCAUGGUCUCGACCCUGCUCUUCCCACCUCUGCUGCUACCACACUCACACAUCACCUGAAUGCUGUUAGAAAGAAAUUGCUCCUCAGACACUGGGAAGCUGAAGCAGAAGGGUUGCGGACAACUCACCAGCGAGUAACAGCCCAGCACCUUGGUCACAGACUCUACUACGUCAUGUCCUCAAGCACGCAUGUUGUUCCUGUCAUCCAAGUAAGUCGUGGUGCCCUUCUUGGAGACUUACGAAGCAAUGUGAGUAAGCUUCUUGCAUUGCAUCAGAAUGUUUCGGAAUUAAGAGAGAAGUACACAAAUAUGACAGGGAAUGUUGAGCAGCGUCUGAAAUGGGCAGCUGGCUCUAAUCCAUCCAUUGCUAAGGCACUAGAAGAGUUCAGCAGUGGUGUUGAAAUUGCCCUGAAUGGUCUAGCUGAGCUGCUCCAGAGAAGUGAGGAAGUUGCUUCACUUUGUAAUGCUGUGCUUCAUUAUGAGGCUUUGCGCGCGCACACUGUAGAUGCUAUAACGUGGGAUGCCAGUUUCACUUCGGUUUUGAAUACAUGCCAAGAGAGUUGUAUGUUAUUAGAACGUUACCAUACAACUGUAAACCCACAAGAAGAAGUGUUAGUGUCCCUGUGUCCCUUACCAGCAGAUGUCAAUACUCAGUGGAUCCAACAUGCAUCAGUUGCUGUUUCAGAUCAUAUAGAACUGCUAACUAAGUUGGUGGGUGAGCGAAGUGGAGAGUUGAGGAAGUCUGUGGAGAAUGUUCGCUCUUCUGUAGUUUCACUUCGCAUCCAUCUUACCAUGCAUCAUAAAUUAAUGUCUGACAUUAGAGCCUUACUGAAGAGUAUGGCAAAGUUUGAAGGAGAGGGCGGGUUAGCUGGUGUAGAGGACUAUCUUGCUUUAUACCGCAGCUAUUCUGAAGCUAUUUCAGGAUUAAUUCGACAAAUGCUUCAUGAUCCACUAACGCCGGACAAAGCUUCAGUGUACCUUCAAAAGCUAAGAGAUGUUACUGCUCAGACAGGAACUAUUUAUGAUCUUCUCGUCGAAUUUGGUAACCAGUGUGUUGAAGAAGCUCAAGAGGAAACAGAUGGUCAGCGAGAGAGUAGUGGAGAGUCUCGCAGACCUCCCUUGCUACGUCAGUCAAGCAUCAUAAUGUCCCCUGUCAAAACUUCCACUCCUGACUCCAAAACUAAAGUCAAGAGACAUCCCUUAACAGGGAAAGCUGUCCAAGAACACAAUGCAUAUGCUCUCAAUGUUUGGCGUCGAGUUAAAGUGAAACUGGAAGGCAGAGAUUUGGAUCCAACAAGAAGAGCUUCAGUUUCAGAGCAAGUUGAUUACACAAUAAGAGAAGCAACAAAUCUGGACAACCUGGCCACACUCUAUGAAGGCUGGACACCCUGGGUGUGAAGAGUACAGUACCCACCUCCAAAAUAAACAAAUUCACUGUUUCAUUCGAGAACUGUAUAGAUAAAACUGUAUUUUAUAACCAAGAUCAACAUGAAACGUGUUGAGUGUGUGAAUGUUAGUUUGGUGAAAUAUCAUUGACACUGAACAGUUGUUUGUUUAAAGCUAAUUCAAUUGGCUUUUCUUGAUUUCUGGCCAUUUCUCACCACAGUAUUGUGGUCCAAAGAAGAAAACUGAUUUACCAUCACUUUUCAGCUGUCUUUCCAUAAGGGUAUGGACAUCACAAUUCAACGACCCAUUACGUUAUAACAUCCCCACAUUGGUGUCAAAGUGUAGCAAUAUACCAUAAGAAACCUACUUUCUGGUCACUAUAUUCAAGUUUACUUGCCUUUAUCAUAUUUAAAAAAUUUAGUUGGGUUACCUCCUAUACAGAUAUUAUUAAAAAAGAGCUCGUAGUAGCAACUAAUGCAUCUACUAUCACACUACCUAGGUUCAUUUCAAAAUAAAUGUAUGCAGUUUUUUUUUUUUCUCAAAUAUGAUCAUGAUGUGUUCACCAGGAUUGCUUAGUUAAAGUUCUGUAUCACUUUUUCACUUGUAUCAGCCUAACUUUUUUUUUUUUUUGUCUAUUUUGUUUUAUAUUGGUAGGCACUGAUCACUUAUGUUCUACUUACCUGGAUUACCUGGAGAGAGUUCCGGGGGUCAACGCCCCCGCGGCCCGGUCCGAGACCAGGCCUCCUGACUGACAUCCAAGAUUAUAUGGCCUCUAGGAAUGCACUGGCUUUUGCUGUAUAGUACAGCAGUAACAGUUCAGAACCUCUACAGACUUCAUUCAUUCAUAUCUUUCUGUGGAGCUCCAUUGCAAUUUUGUCAUAUUUCUUUUAUAAAAAUAAAAUGCAAUUUUUACCAAUAAACCACUUAAUAUUUUUAGCUCUGUAUAACUUCUGUAGUAACAAAGGUAUUUGUUAAUAAAAGCAUUAAACACUACUUAACUUGUGAGAACAACUUGGAGACACAAGGAGAAAACUUUUUUAAUAUUUGGUUAAUAUUAUAUAGUACAUUAGUUUGACAACUGCUUCUACUGAAAAUUUCUUUUGUCACUCCAGUUACAGAUGCACAUGUAAUUAUGGCUGAAAUCAUAACUACAUCAAUAUACUACUUCACCACUUUUGGAGCACCAUAGAACUAUGUGAAAUAAAAACUGGAUAAUUUGUCAAAAUUGUGUAAUUAGCAUAUUAAUGGAAAGGCUACAUGUGGACAUACUGUAGAUAUGCAAUCAACAUUUUGACUACAAAUUCAUUAGAGUAUGAUUACUGUACCUUGUAAUUCUGUCAUUAUAGUUUCUUUCAUGAAUAAUUUUUUAAAGUACA